ACCGGUAUAACAACAAUAACUAACAUCAAAACAGAGAAUUCCAAGACUGCUACCUCACUCUUGUAGUGCCAAGCUUUCGAAAUGUCCUCGUAGAUCUUAUAGACGAAUUCACUGCCGCCGUCUUCUACACCUAAGAACUUCGUUUGAUCUUUGUCUUCCUCCAUCACGAAUCGUCUUCGAACCUACUACUUUGUUCUAUCUCAAACCACGAACAACAUGGAGAGCACACCAACAACACCAUUGAAACCAACCUGCUUGCCCACUUCGGUUGGGUCAGCGUACGAACAGCACAGUACUCCUAGCACUAUGGGGGCUUUGAUGAGCUUCAGCGACAUUGCGAACAAACAGUCCUACAAUGACGACAAGAUCGGUCUGCCUUCUGACGAAGCAUCAGCAUCGUUGCACCCAGCCUGCUGGCCCAUUUCGUCCGACCUUGUUCGUCCUCCAAGCCCUCGAACAUACGCGGCGCGAUCCAGAAUCCCGAUAGAAUUCCCACCUAUUCUCGCUGCCCCGUAUGGCCUCCCUGUCCGAAUCAAUCCUCAAAGUGCACUUAAGGCUUUGGAUCAUGCUACAUAUGGAUCGACUCCCGAGACCCUCACUGGAGAAGCAGGAGGUACUGAAGCAGGAGGUACUGCUGGGCUCGGCAUUUCGAUGAAUGAACCACAGACCAAUCCUCCCGGCCAUCUCAGGGGCAUCGCAGUCCGCAAUAGAGACCACGCCGUCGAGGACCUGAGCCGGAACAAGGAAGCGAUGAAGCGGUUAGAGGCGCAUAUCAGAGAGCGCGUCCCAUAUGUGCAGCUAGCGAGUCGAAACCUACAGGCUUUGAUGGGGCUGCGGAACGAGAUGCCAUUCAAACUACCUAAGAGCAGCACUCAGAUGCCAAGCCUGAGCUCUGCAUUCAAGACUGUGGGUAAUAUGUCCGGCGUUAUGGAUCUAGACAGCAGUGGUGGCGCAGCGGCAAAGGUGAGAGGAGCGAGCGGGAAUGAUAGAGCCGAGCCAGAUCGCGAGAUGGGGUCGAUGCUGCCUCCGAAGUUACCUCAGGGGAUGCACGUUGUUGACAUGCAGACGGGCAUGGGAUUGCGAGAGUUCUUGUUAGCCAAGGGGAAAGAGGUCGGGAAUCGGAAGCGCCAGUGCAAGAGUAUCAGCUUCCAUGACUUCACGCCGGAGAUGCAGAGCAUGACCUAUCAGAAUGUGCUGCUGGGCCAUUAUGGGACCGAGAUGGGUGGCAAGGUCGACGUGUACGAGAUUGAUCUCCCGGUAGUCAGUCUGAAUGCGGAGACCGGACAAUCAACACACAAUGCAGAGACCUGGAUCUGGAUCCUGAUCCAACGACCAAUCGUCACCUUCGAACCCGCCGAUACUUCGAGCUCAACGCCAGGCAACGCCAUACUCAGAAGCGCGGCCGCGACAUUCCUCCCCUCCUUCGCUCAAGUCGCAAAUGAUAGCCAAACGACCACCACACACCCAACCCUACCCCCUAACUUCCCCGAACCCAUCCCGCACUCUUGGCUCGUGUUCGCCGCACCCAUGGCGCACUUGACCAUCUACCCGGAGACUGUCGAGAGCAACCUAGCAGCGGCGCCCACCUCAUCAGGACCGCAAGGCGGGCGCGAGUUGAGCAAGCGCAUCGACUACGAUUUCUCGCACCAGGGGACGCCGCUAUUCGAGUUCUCAGGCUUCGCGGGACGGCGCAUGGAGUUUUUGAGCGUGGAGCGGAUGGACCCGUUCUGUAAGGGGGAUUCGUGGGAGGACUAUACGAAGGAGGAGUAUGAAUCUGUACAUGCCGACUGGUUGACGCGGUUGGAGAGGCGGGGGGUGAAGUUUUCGGCGAGUGAGACUGGGAAUAAUGGCGCGCCGGAUGGGUGUAUGCCUUCUCCGCACAAGGGGGCUUGGUGGAAGGAGUUUUAUUAUCGGGUUGGGGAGGACUGCGAGAAGUGGCGGAGGGUCAGAAGGGCGAUGGGCAGGGGCAGAUGUAGGGUCGUAUUGCGGUGGAAUGAGAUUGAGGGAAACGAGGAUGAUCAGAUGGAUGGUGGGAGAGGGAGGGGAGCUGGGAGAAUCAGGGGCCUGAAGGAGAGGUUGAAUGCUAGCACGGGCAUCGAUGGGAGGAUGAGGAGAUUGACGAGGAGUGAGUCGAGACGUCGAAGUGCUUUGGGACUGAGUGAUCCGAGCAUCCCUACAAUGAGUGCUGCUGCCGCGGGAGAGAUGAAGAAGGGGAAGGAAAGGAGAAAAUAGGGGUCAAGUGGGUUUGUCGACUGCGGUGGGGUUUGACAUUGUAUGGGAGGGAACUUCACACCCGCAGGGAGCUGUAUCGAAUCCGAGAACCAUGGGAAGGAAAGUAAGGCGUUGGCUGGUGAAUAGUUUCUGGCAGGAAUCCUGCUGCUGCGAUUAGGGC